CCUUGAUAGAACUCCUGUUGGAACGAAACAUGAUAGGCAUAGGCCUACCAUAGGCAGAACGUUAGCGAACCAUUGUAUUGAAGGUUAACUCAUGUGGAGGCUACCAUACAAUUGGGGUAUAAAAGUCUGCUCUUGGGGAUGCCACUUGUGAAGCUCAGUUUCGUCGUUUCCUUCUCCUCUCAAGAUGUAAAUUACCCAGCAGAAAACCUGACUCGGGGACUGAAGUGGCUCACUGACAGAAGGGAGAAGUUGGAUCGUGCUGAAGUUGAUAUCCAGCUAGAGAGAUAUGUCUCCAUAUCACAUGUUGACAUAGGUAACAAUGGAUCAGCAUCUGUGGCCCUUUAUGUGGGGAAGUCCAGCUGGCAUAAGGACAAAGAAUAUGUGCUCUUGAUCCCAACUUUUAAUAUGAUGACCCCUCUCCAGGCAAGACUUGAUCAAGAGAGGAAUUGUGUUAGAAUGUUCUCUUCUGGUGAUAUGAGUCAUGGAGCCCUAUCUGAGAAAUGGGACAGAGUGAGGAUUAUCUGUUGUCAACCAUUUCGCAAAGACAGUCAGUUUGGUCUCAGCUUCAUUAGAAUUUAUUCAGACAACAAUGAUGUCCAUGUCAGCUUGGAAGCAUCUCCUUUGGUGCCAAAGACAGAGUUGCUUUUCCGAGGCCUUCAACUCCCAAGCCCCAAGCAACCCAAAUUGUCUUCCAAUGUGCUGGCUCUGGAGCAAUCUCGUCAUUUCUCUGGUACCAGUCCGAUGAGUGGGUCAAAAAACGGUGUGCUGUCUCGCUCUGCCCAAUUAGUAUCCCUUGCGACCCAUUCCCAAGGAGAGCAAAGUUCAUCAUUCAAGGCAGAAGCACUCCAGUUCCUCACUGGUCUUAAAUUGAAGCCAGCUGACCUGAAGGAACUCAAGGUUUCAAACCUGAGAAGACAACUGGAGUCAGCACGAAGUAAGGUUCUGGACAAGCAAGAGAAGCUGCUUUUCAUUCAGCUUGCCCAGAAUUUUGCCAUGAAACUGGACUCGCAAUCUAAAGAUCUGAACAAGAAACCUGCUUUCUCGUUUCAUCACACGCCAAGAGUCACAUCAAGUUCAAGUCACAUGCCUAGUGGCUCAAGUGCAGAGAAACGUCCCAAUCCAUCAAGUGAUGAAGUAUUUAGUGCCAAGAGACGUCGCAUCAGCUCACUGGUCUCUGAAUCUCGACAAAACGACUGCCUUGGCCUUUCUUGUGCCGGGACACUUGUUGAUAACAUCCGGAAUCGCAAUGAUUUGGCCAGGAUGGAUGUUGGGGUCAGUUCUGAUCCCCAUCCUAUCUCAAUGCCAAAAGCAUCCCGAAAAAAACUGUUCACAAGUACUUUAGAUUCAAAUGAUGAUGUGAUAGAACUUCCAGACAUAACCUCCAAGAUACCAUCAAGCUUUAAGCCCUCAAUGCCAACCAAGAUCAUCCAAAAGACAUCAGCAGAGAGCAAAGGAACUACAGCAAAUAAAGCUGAGAAGCAACCCUUGAUGGAUAAGGAAAUGCUGGUGGAAUGCCCAAUCUGUUCAGGCUAG